UCUUGAGGACUAUGAAGGUGUUGGGGCCAAUUUUACGUUGACACUUUCUUUUCCAUUUUUUGGUUAAUCAAUUUUACGUUGACUCGCUGCGCUUCGGGAGACGUACCUUUCUUAGGCUUAGAUCUUUUGCCCCAUCGUCCGUAGUCCGAUCGUGGGACAUGCUUAACUUGGAUUUUAAAUGAUCAAAAUCGUAAUUCUAUCUGUGCAAACUGUCCAGAUUCAUUGUACAAAAAUCAUAUCGGCCGCAUAGAAACAAAUAUCCUAGAGCCCCUCCUACCCUGCGGCCUACCCAAAACCAAAAACAAAGUCCCACACACACUUGCAUCCUAAAACCUCACCAACCCAAACUCUAAGGAAGGCACAGCUCUUUCUCUUUCUUCAACAAACCACUCAUCGGAAAAAUGUCGGAUUCCGACAACUCACUGGUGAAUUCGAAGUUGUCUCCGCCCAAUUCUUAUGACGCCGUGGUUCUCGGCGGUACCUUCGACCGCUUACACGACGGCCACCGCCUGUUCCUCAAGGCUUCGGCGGAGCUAGCAAGGAAUCGAAUUGUGAUCGGAGUAUGUGACGGACCUAUGUUGACUAAAAAACAGUUUGCUGAAUUAAUAGAGCCCAUUGAGGAAAGAAUACGCAAUGUUGAAAACUAUAUCAAGUCUAUUAAGCCCGAGCUUGCUGUGCAAGCUGAACCAAUUAUGGACCCUUAUGGCCCUUCCAUUGUUGAUGAGAAUUUGGAGGCUAUUGUUGUGAGCAAGGAGACAUUACCUGGUGGACUAUCAGUUAAUAAGAAGAGAGCUGAUAGAGGACUCUCACAACUGAAGAUUGAAGUUGUAGAUUUGGUUUCUGAUACAUCUAAUGGGGACAAACUUAGUUCAACAACAUUGAGAAAGCUCGAGGCUGAGAAGGCUGAAGAUCAACCAGAGAGCAUAACCAAGAUUUUUUGCAAAAUUCUUGCAAAAAUGAAUGAUUUGAUGACGAAGUCGUUCUUAAGUUAUGUAGAGUUGAAGAAACAGGCGCAGAAGGAUCUUGAAUCCGGUCAUGGUGUUGUUGAAACAGGGACACUCAACCCCGCAGAGGAACACAACCUCUCUCUGUUCUAUCAAGAAGUCGCGGCGAUCAAGUCCGAUUUGCUGGAAGAGAUCACCAAUCUCUUGCUCGAUCUUCAAACCCUGAACGAAGAAGCCAAAUCCACUCACAGUGCCAAGAUUCUUCGUGGGCUUAGAGACAGAAUGGAUUCCAACAUAGUCUCUGUACUUCGUAAAGCCAAGAUUGUCAAGGCCAGGCUUGAAGCACUCGACCAUUCCAACGAGAUCAAUCGCAGAAUAUCCACUGCAUUCGCAGAAGGUAGCCCUGUUGAUCGAACAAGGGUAGCUAUCACAAACGGUUUGAGAGUCAGAAUGAGGGAUUUGAUGAAUGGUUUCCAAUCUUUGAGAGAAAAGAUUACGUCCGAUCACAAAGAAGACCUCAGGCGGAGGUAUUACUAUCUGAUGGGUGAGAUACCCAGUGAGGAGGUGAUCGAGAAGAUGGUUUCUGGGGCCAUGAAAGUUGAGCUCUUUGAGGGCAAAACAGAGUUGGAUAUGGGGAACAAAGCUAGGCAUGAGGCGGUGAUGGAUGUUCAGAGAAGCUUGAAUAAACUUCAUCAGGUUUUUCUUGACAUGGCCGUUUUGGUUGAAACCCAAGGCGAAAAAAUGGAUGAUAUUGAACUGAAUGUCGCUAAUGCUGGUAACUUUGUGAGUGGUGGCACUGACAGUCUUUACUACGCCAACCAAAUGAAGAAGAACAGGAAAUGGGUUUACUGGGUUUGGGCUGUUGUGGCGAUUAUACUUGUGGUCUGCAUCAUUUCGAUGUUGACUUCUUGAAUGGAACAGAGUCAGACCUGGUUGGGGACGGUAAGGAACUUUUUUGAGGGAUUUUACACCUUAAGGAACUUUUUCGAUUUUACGCCUGUAAA